CAAAGAAAUUAGCAUGAUUCAGACAGAACUAAAGACAAUAAAGCAAUUCCAGAAGAGAAAAAUCCAAGUGGAAAAAGAAUUAGAGGAUAUUGUAAAUUCUUUGAGCCGGGAAUUUUGUAUUCGUUGCGAUACAAGAACCACAACAGCACUUGACUAAAGACCGCGGGCAUCUUUUUCUUAAACCUUUGCCGGCUGCUGCACGCGCCCAGACGUUCUCGGCUCCAGCGGCCAACUGAGCGCGGCUCAGCAGUGACGUGGCGGCGCGGCUCAGCAGUGACGUAGUAUCCCGCGCCACCCAGCGCCCCGCCGCUGCUGCCAGCCGUUUCAGCGCUCCGAAGUCAAAGAUGGCAGAGCAAGUUUCUCAGGGAAAGUCGGCGGACCAGGUGUGCUCUUUCCUCUUCAAAAAGCCCGGGCGGAAAGGGAGUGCUGGCCGCCGGAAGCGGCCAGUGUGCGACCCGGGCUCCGGGGAAAGCGGAAGCAGUAGCGACGAAGGCUGCACCGUGGUGCGGCCAGAGAAGAAGCGGGCCACCCACAAUCCAAUGAUCCAGAAGACGAGUGGCAGCGGUAAACAGAAGGCGGCCUACUGUGAUCUGAGCAGCGAAGAGGAGGAGAAGACAGAGAAUGAGAGUCUGGGUGUAGUCUACAAGUCCACGCGCUCGGCCAAACCAGUGGGGCCCGAGGAUAUGGGGGCGACAGCUGUCUACGAGCUGGACACAGAAAAAGAGCGAGACGCACAGGCCAUCUUUGAGCGCAGCCAAAAAAUCCAGGAGGAGUUGAGAGGCAAGGAGGAUGACAAGAUCUAUCGUGGAAUUAAUAAUUAUCAGAAGUACAUGAAGCCAAAGGAUACGUCCAUGGGCAAUGCCUCCUCCGGCAUGGUGAGAAAGGGCCCCAUCCGAGCCCCCGAACAUCUACGUGCCACCGUGCGCUGGGAUUAUCAGCCUGACAUCUGUAAGGACUACAAGGAAACUGGCUUCUGUGGCUUUGGAGACAGCUGCAAAUUCCUCCAUGACCGUUCAGAUUACAAGCACGGGUGGCAGAUCGAACGUGAGCUUGACGAGGGCCGUUAUGGUGUGUAUGAAGACGAAAACUACGAAGUAGAAAGUGAUGAUGAGGAAAUACCAUUCAAAUGUUUCAUCUGUCGCCAAACCUUCCAAAAUCCAGUUGUCACCAAGUGUAAGCAUUAUUUCUGUGAGACGUGUGCACUGCAGCAUUUCCGCACCACCCCACGCUGCUAUGUCUGUGACCAGCAGACCCAUGGGGUCUUCAAUCCAGCGAAAGAACUGAUUGCUAAACUGGAGAAGUGUCGAACAGCAGAGGGAGGUGCUGCCAACACCCCAGAAGACCCUGAUGAGGUCUAAUGGCCAUUGCUUUGGUUUCCAUAAUUGUCAGAUCUCAAAGUACUUUUUGUUUUGCUCACCUCAAAAACCAGCCAUAUUUGAAGGAAUAUUAAGUUUUCUAGGAAGAAUAUCCAAGUUUUGUUUUAUAUAACAAUGCUGCAGUUUGAAUCAAUACAGUUAACCUAUGGAACUCUCGGACUACCCAUCCUGUGUAUAGCUAUACAUUCUAAGUUAAAAUAAACUAAGAACUUGUUCAUACUCUAG